AUGGAGGCCAACUUCGGCGCGUUGACGGACGAUUUCGAGGACCUCUUCACUUGCCACACUGCUCUACCGUUUCAAGAUUAUCCUAGCGAGUUCGAAGAUGUCUUCGCCAACACCGCGUCAAGCACCUUCGACCUUUUCCACCUCCCACCCGAACUCUGGCUACGCAUCUGCCAUUUCGCCGUAUUGGCUCCCGGCCCCAUCAACUUGAGCAGCCACGACACAAGCACCGAGAACGCGUUGGUAGUGCAGCAACCAGCCGUGACGCGAACAUGCCGUCUUCUCCGGAAGGAAGCUCUUCCCAUGUUCUACCGCCUCAACAAGUUCGAAGCGCGAUGGCUUUGCCAUCAUGAGUGCCCUCGUAACUGGCUUCUCGCAAUUGGGCGUCAUAGGUUGGAGAUGAUGAGCACCUUAACGAUGUACACCGCUCAAGCCGCUGAGGCGUGGAGAGGCGGCUUCGAGCGCAUGGGGAUUCCUGUUGACAUCAAGGUGGAGUCACACCAAGUAUGGAACUGGUGCCCAUGGCAUCGCCGGAAGCGUAGGGUACCGACCUUGACUAUUAGCUUUCUGAGCGAGGACAAAGUUGAAAGCGAGUCCACAGCCGAAGACAGCGACGAUGGUGGUCUGAGCUUGUUCGACCAGUCGAUGGAGGCGUAUCGUGACGCAAGCGCAGAGGAUUAG